GAACUCCCAAUAGUGUGAGUACAAAGAAGGUAACACCCCCUCAACAAAACGUAGCUAUAUUGGAAAGAGGGUUUUUUUUUUUGCAGGGUUUGGAGUCAGACAAGGUCAGAAACGCAGCAGGUGGAAGAGAACAAAGCAACAUGGCAUAUGCUGGAAAUCAGAAUGUGGAGUUUGUGCGGACAGGCUACGGCAAAAAUGCAGUGAGGGUGAUGGUCAUCAAGAGACAGGGGAGCCACCACUACCUUAUUGAGCUGAAGGCUAACGUGGAGAUAACACUCAAGUCACGCAAGGACUAUCUGACCGGAGACAACUCAGACAUCAUUCCCACCGACACCAUCAAGAACACUGUCCACGCCCUGGCCAAAAUCAAAGGGGUAAAUACUAUUGAGCAAUUUUCUCUGGAUCUCUGCCAUCAUUUCCUGACCUCUUUCAACCAUGUGCUGAGGGCCAAGGUUUACAUGGAGGAGGCGCCCUGGAGAAGACUGGAGAAGAACGGUGUUGGACAUGUUCAUGCUUUCAUCUACAGCCCAGAGGCUUGUCGCUUCUGUGAUGUUGAACAGAACCUCAACGGUAUUCCAGUGGUUCACAGUGGAGUGAAGGACAUGAAGGUGCUAAAAACCACUCAGUCUGGCUUUGAGGGCUUUUUCCGAGAUCGUUUCACAACACUGCAAGACACCAAGGACAGGGUUUUCUGCACCACCGUUUACUCUAGGUGGCGCUACAACAAGGUCCAGAACGUUGACUUUGAUGCUGCAUGGAAGUGUGUGAGAGACACAAUUAUUGAGAAAUUUGCUGGCCCCUACGCUCGAGGAGAGUUUUCACCAUCUGUGCAAAAGACCCUUUAUGAAACACAAGUUCUGGCCCUGGACAGGGUUCCUGAGGUGGAGGAAAUCGAGAUUGUCAUGCCCAACCAGCAUUACUUCACCAUAGACAUGACAAAAAUGGGUCUAAACAACAAAGAUGAGGUGUUUCUUCCUCUGGAUAAUCCCUCUGGAAACAUCACAGGAACAGUGUGUCGUAAGCAGAGAGCCAGACUUUAAAAGGGAAAGCCCAACCUGAAGACACUGCUGCUGGUUUCAGUAUCAACCUGUUGAUCCAACUAAUAGAAAAUCUGAUAAUAUAUCCAACAAUGUCCCUUAAGAUGUAAAUACAUUUGCUUCUGACUCUGAAUGUGUAACACCGACCAGCCGAAAACAUAUGAAAAAUAAAAAAUAAUUACAGCCACUUUCA